CCUAGUUGAGUGGGAGGAUAGUUACAAGGUAGAACCUAUUGGAAGGGUUGACGUAGAUAUGAUCAACCUCUUGGGCUUGUGCAACUUGGAAUCCAUGGCACCCAUUUGGAUUCGAAAAACAUUCUGUAGUGCAAUAGAUCAAAGUCCUGUCCAGGGACUGUACGAACGUGGUAUAUUCAGCACAUUUUUUGCCGGGAAUGAGGUUCCGGGCCGAUUCAGCCAUAAAAGUAGAAGGUCCUCCAUAUCUUUUACUAUGACUUCACACAGAAUUCAAGCCUUGGUCAUCUUCGCUGCCUAUGAGAAUACCGUCUCUGAUCGUCCUUGGUAUUCGGCCGUCUCUGAUCGUCCUUGGUAUUCGGAGCAUUUUUUUUGUGGUUUUGGUGCAGAGAUCAUGGCUAGAGUCAGAAAUAAGAGCAAGGGUCAGAAGUGGUACUAUGGCCCAUCACAGUACGGUAUUCCAGGUGAAGGAGAAGACAUGAUAUGGUUAAGCCACUAGAAGUUUCAGAAUGAUCAGUUAGAAGGCGGCGAUCGAGUGGUUGUUUCAGUUGUUACGACCCCUUGUUUUUGAGUAAAGGAGUUAGGCAUCUAGAUUGUGCAGGAACAAGAGGAGAAUCAUAAUACUAUGAUGAGUACCCAACACAAAACCAUUCCACUUCUUGCAAAUUAUUCUACUCAUGAUGAGCACUUAACAGACGAAUUGUUCAAUGAUGAGGACUCUGAUGAAGAUA